AUGGACCCCUUCCUCGGAUUCUUCGUUGUCGCCGCCCUAGGACUACUCGGCAUCCGCGUCGUUCAUGCUGGAACAGUGUCUAUGAAUGACAGUAUCUGCACCGUUCACGCUAGCUUGGAUGGCUCGGAUGACGCACCUGCCAUCCUUGCUGCAUUCGACCUCUGCCGACGAGAUUCGGUCAUCUCCUUUGUGGACGAUCUCUACCACAUCGAGAGCGUCAUGAAUACCACCAACCUUAGCAACGUGCAAGUCAAUCUCCACGGCACGUUACUGUGGGGCACGAACAUCACGUACUGGCGAGCUAACGGCCUUCCUCUCGAUUAUCUGAACAUGACCACCGCAUGGGCAUUUGGCGGGGACAAGAUAGUCUUCAACGGAUACGACCGCGGUACAUUUGAUGGAAAUGGCCAACUCUGGUACGACUUCACCAACGGCGUCUCCAAUCUCCCUGGAAGACCCAUCAGUUUGAUGAUCACCGACACGACGCGCUCUGUAUUCUCAGGAAUCCGCUUUGUGCAAUCGCAAUUCUGGACGAUGGCCAUCAAGAGCUCUGACGAUGUUCUGUUGGAAAACAUAUACGUGAACAGUACAUCGUCCAGUCGGGCUCCCGCUAGAAAUACCGACGGAGUCGACACUUUCUUCUCCAACCAAAUAACAUUCCGAAACUGGACUGUCACUGGCGGAGACGAUAACAUAUCACUGAAGGCGAACUCCACGAAUAUCCUGAUACAGGAUUGUGUCUUCCAUGGUGGCCUUGGUGUGGCUAUAGGGUCCAUUGGCCAAUACCCUGGUGUAUUUGAAACCGUGGAGAACGUUACGGCAGAAAGAGUGAGCUGUUUCGGAACACGAUACUCUGGAUAUAUCAAAACAUGGACGGGUAUCCAACAAAACUUUCCACCCAACGGUGGCGGCGGCGGACUAGGAUACGCCAAAAACAUAACAUUUAGGGACUUCACGCUAGCGAACGUCACAGACGAGGUUGCUCGCAUCACACAGUGCACGUCGUUCUCCGGCGCCACUGGCGGCUGCGACACCUCGCUCUUCCAGGUUUCCGACAUAACGUGGGGGCCGAUGACAGGAAACGUCCUAUCUGACACGAUCGCCCAGUUACAGUGCAGUGGCGCGUCCCCGUGCCCAGGCGUCCGUUUCGUUGGGAUGGAUGACAUCGCGACCUCGGGCAGCAGCAGAAGGGUCGCCUGUAGCCAUGUCGUCGAUCCGAGUGGGUUCAAUUGCACCGUAUAG